AUGUGGAACAUUUCAGACCCAAACGUGGAUUCACCUGCUAGUGAUGAUAAUGAUUCUUCUCUCGACACAAUGGACAUUAUCGAAACCCUCUCUCGACAAGUUAUCCGACCACUUGCUCUUCUAGCUUCGUUGGCUGGCAUUGAUAUUGAUGAAGAAGAGAUGAGUAGCAGAUCAGAUGAAGAAAUUGUUGAGGAGGAACCAGAUGACACAGUUAUCAGGCAAUUAAAUAUUAUUUAA